ACGCUAUUUGCACCAGCCUGUCCUACCCUUGUAGGGCCUUGCUUUAUCCUGCCGAGGUUUAACCGAGUCAUUCAGUCUUCAUCAACGUGGUGAAUUGAGGUGCAGGAUGUACAGCUUCAUGGGAGGCGGGCUGUUCUGUGCUGGCGUAGGGAAUAUACUCCUCAUUGUUUCCACAGCAACAGAUUAUUGGAUGCAGUACCGACACUCAAACAACUACAUGCACCAGGGCCUCUGGCGCUACUGCACGCCUUCCAAAUGCUUUACACACACUGACAGCAUUGCUUAUUGGGAUGCCACUCGAGCAUGCAUGAUCCUAUCCCUGCUGGCCUGUUUCAUAGGCAUCAUCAUCGGCAUCAUGGCCUUCAUCCACUACUCCUCCUUCGACAGAUUUGAUAAGACCUUUGCUGCAGGCGUUUUAUUCUUCAUCUCAUGCUUUUUUGUAUUUCUGGCAAUGGCGGUGUACACUGGCGUGACAGUAAAUUACUAUGGCAAACGCUAUGGAAACUGGCGAUUCUCCUGGUCCUACAUCAUUGGCUGGGUGGCAGUGGUACUCACAUUCUUUUCAGGUAUAUUCUACAUGUGUGCUUAUCGGAUGCAUGAGUGCCCAAGAAGUUCCAACACACAUUAGAGGACUGAAAUCACCCUAGUUUGCUUCAAGGACUCAACCCCAGCAUCGUAAAGCAUCGACUGUGGAGCAUGGCAUUGUCGAGCACUAGGA